GAUUUGUUUGUUUUGUUUUAGUAGAAUAAAAAACUGUUGCUCAAAUUUCAAACAUUUAAAAUUUUUGGAAACGAUGGCCACCAUGUUUGGCCUACAUCAUCCAAAUCAAUUGAAUGAUUUGACAACAACAAUUCAUCAGGCAAGACAUCAUCAUCAUUCUUGUUUAUCAUCAUCAUCAUCAGCAACAACAAUUCCAACAUCAUCAUCAUCGACAACAGCAACAACAACAAGUAAUUUAAUAAUCAAAGAAGAACCAAAUUUUAAUGAAACUAAUCAUCUACAUACACAUUUAAAUCAUCUAAAUUCACAUCAUCAUCAUCCACAUUUAAAUCCACAUCAUCUAAAUCCACAUCAUCAUCAUCAUUCACAUCCAGGUUUACGUGCUGCUGUAAAUCAUCAUCAUCAUACAUCUUGGAUGUCCAAUACAAUGUUAGCUGCUGAUCAGCCAUCCAACGUUGGACUAAGCCGAGCACAUUUCGAAAAACAACCACCAUCCAAUCUACGUAAAAGUAAUUUUUUUCAUUUUGUCAUUGCAUUAUUCGAUAAAAAUGGUCAUGCAGUGGAAAUUGAACGUACUGCAUUCGUUGGUUUUAUUGAAAAAGAUCAAGAACCAGAAGGACCAAAAACAAAUAAUGGUAUACAUUAUCGUUUACAAUUACUUUAUAUAAAUGGUGUCAGGCAAGAACAAGAUAUUUAUAUUAGAUUAAUUGAUUCGGUUACUAAACAGGCGAUAAUUUAUGAAGGUCAAGAUAAAAAUCCUGAAAUGUGCCGUGUACUUUUAACACAUGAAGUUAUGUGCAGCCGCUGUUGUGACAAAAAAAGCUGCGGAAAUCGUAAUGAAACACCAUCGGAUCCAGUCAUUAUUGAUCGGUAA